UGGGAGGCGGGCGGGGCGGGUCCUCCGGGCCGCCAGGGGGCGCGGUGGCGCGGCGCUGAGGCGGUGUCAUGGCGGCGCGCUGAGGGAUGAUGGCGGCGCGCUGAGGGCUGCGGCGCGAUCAUGGCGCAGCCGCCGCCGUUCCCCGCCCGCCUCCCGCCGCCCUUCCGCGCCUUCCCGCCGCCUUUCCCCGGCCCCGCCGUCCGCCCGGCGCCCUUCGCGGUAGGACCAGCGGCACCCCCGCCUUUCUUCUUGCCGCCGCCGCCUGCGGCUGAGGGGGGACCGCGCUUCCCGCCGGGCGUCCCUUACAUAGCGGCGGCGCCGCCGCGGGCAGCGGCCGAGGAGGAGGCGGUGCAGCGGCAGCAGGAUGAGCUGUGGCUGUCGCAGUUCCUGGGCCGCCGCCGCGCCGCUCCCCCGCCGCCGCCGCCCGCCGCGGCGCUCUGCCGGGCCCUGCGGCGCAGCGAGAGCCAGCGCGACCAGCCGGGCUGGGCCCGGGCGCGGGACGAGGCGGAGGCGGCGCUGCGGGAGCUGCGCGAGGUGGUGAGGCCGCUGCGGGAGCCCGGGUACGGCGAGGCGCUGCGCAGGAAGGCCGAGAGGGCGAGGAAGAGGAGGCUGCGCCUGCAGCGGAGGAAGCACGAAGCCAGGGCGGCCAAGGAGGAGGAGGCGGCCCGGGCCGCCGAGCGGGAGGCCAAGAUCGACCAGUGGCGGGCUAAGUGCAUCCAGGAGGUGGAGGAAAAGAACCGGGAGCAAGAGCUGAAGGCUGCUGCUGACAGUGUCCUGUCCGAGGUCCGGAAGAAACAAGCAGAUACCAAGAGGAUGACAGACGUCCUGCGCGGGCUGGAAAAGCUUCGGAAACUGAGGAAAGAAGCUGCUGCCAGGAAAGGUGUUUGUCCACCUCCGUCAGCAGACGAAGCAUUUGAAAAUCAGGUGGAGAGUCUCAAAACCUUGCUCAAAACCCGCACAGAACUGUAUGAAGCUGAGGAAAGAGCAUUAAGGGUUAUGCUGGAGGGAGAACAGGAGGAGGAAAGGAAGAGGGAAAUGGAAAAGAAACAGAAGAAGGAAAGGGAAAAACUACUACAGCAGAAACUGGAAAUGGAUUCUAAGUUGUUUGGGGAUCCAGCUGAAUUCCCACUUGCCCAUCUACUGCAGCCUUUCAGAGACUACUACUUACAAGCUGAACAUUCUGUAGCAGCUCUAAUCCAGAUCAGGCACGAAUGGGAUCAGUACUUGGUGCCAGCUGACCACCCCGAAGGAAGCUGCAUCCCUCCAGGAUGGGUUCUGCCGAGCCUCCCCACCAAUGACACUUGGGCCACUGCUGUCAGAUAAUUUAGCAAUAAAUUAUUUCAGCCUUGGAGGAUUGCUUCAUUACAACUACGUGUAACUAUGAGAGGGUCCAAAGAGGAGGUCUCGUCCUCUCUUUCGGCAGCCAGGUACUGGAAAGCCUUUACUGCAAGGUCUUGAAAAACAGUUUAAGAAUUGUUUUUGCUGAUUGACUGUGGAGGGAAAUGGCUGAGCAAGCCCAGAGCUGCCAGGCCUCUCGUGGUGUGGAAUUACAAUCCAGUUCUUGUUAAAUCUCAAUCUUAACAAAGGAACAUUACUGAUGGUGGUAUUUGUGCCAGUAUUAUCACAUUUUUAGUGGCUUUUAUCUUUAUAAAGGAUGAUGAAAGCUUCAGAAAUGAGGACAUUAAAAAAAAAAGAGAUCAUUAGUAAACAUGUUUUUCUUCUUAAAUGAAGCAUGUCAAGCAUCACUGUCAAAAUAGUUCCUGUAUUUUUGGGUGUAGAGACAAACCUAUUACAAGUUUAAACAAAUUCUGAAGUACAAGUAAGACAGGGUUUUUCAAGGUUGAUUUAAGCAGCUGUUGACAUUUUACUUUUGUGGACUAAAGCUGAUAACAAAACAUGGAAAAAAUUCCCAGUUGUGGUGAAAUAGGUCAGACAACCAUGUGAAUAAAUACAAAUUUGAUGAAUAAGCCUGCUGGAAAAAACUCAAUAAAAUCUGUGGUCUAACCUACUGUAA